GUUGACUUCCUGCGUUACAGCGUGAGAUCAAUAAAGUGCAGCAGUGAAGUAGGAAGAGAGGAAAAACCGGCAGUAAAGAAGUAGUGUUAGAAAGGCAUCCUGCCGGUUGAAGCCUCCAAGAUACACACAUAAAUCGAAGGAGGAGUUUGUGGAUUUUGCAAUAUCAUAGCACCAUCAAAAGAAGAGGAAGCGGCAGUCGAAUGCUGAUAAUCAUUUCCACCCUGUCCUGAAUUGACUGAACUUUCCAAGAAGCAGCACAAACAUGGUGCACGUGUACAACUGCCAUCCAUUCGCCUCACAGCAGAUAGUGCAGGUAGAGCAGGAGCCUGGAUUGGUCUGUUGUGGAGGUGGAGCCCUGUUCGUGGUGGCUACUGGAGGAUGCAAGGUGGAAGCGUACAGUCUGGAGCAGGAGGGCUGCCCUCUCAUCUGCCGCUUUGCCACCAUGGGCACUGUGAGGAGCAUCCAGCACAGCAAGAUAGGAGACUACCUCGUGACCAUUGAGGAAAAGAACAGCGCCACCUACCUGAGAGCCUACACCAACUGGCGAUACCAGGCCGAAGAGAAAGCCCGUGUCGGGGUGCGUUUGUUGGGCCACCUCCUGCGUGGGGCAUCUGUGCGGGGCGGAGUACAGAUGGAGAUCAUUGAGAUCCCUCUGUCGGAGCAUCCUGUUGCUGUGGCGUGUUGCUCAGUAACAGGAGACCUGCUGGUCGGCUGCGAGAACACUCUGGUGCUGUUUACUUUAAGGCGACAGAACCAGCAGAACCUGCAGAAUCAGAGUCAGCAGAACCUUCAGAGCACCUCGCCGAACACUCAGCAGAGCUCCAGUCAGAAUCAAGGUCAGACCUCAACUUCAAACCAGGAUUUUUCCAUCCUGGACUUUGAACGCUCAGUCAUUGUGCAUAUUCCAAAAAUGACACCUAAGCAGGUGGCGCUGUGUGUAGGAUAUGUAGCAGUGCAGACAGAGCUAGAGGCGCUUGUCCUGAAACUGGAUGCAUCUUCUGAACAUAAAACCCUGGACUCAUCAACAGACACGCAUAAGAGCGCAGUUCAUCUAGAAGAGCAGACUGACUUCCUGUUCGUUCCGAGGCACCAGGAGUUGCUCGGUGAUCGAGCUAAAGAGUGUGACAUCCCUGUCAGCAUUGAAAAGACUGGGCUGGAGGACAAAGGACAAUACACACUGUCAUAUGUUCUUUUCAGGCGUUUUAGUCCAGAGUUUUUUCAGGGCUGCAGUAUGGAGGAGAUGCAGCUCCACUCCCUGCAGCUCUACCCACUUUUCACUAGCAACCAGUCAGUGUCUAAAGAAGAACCAGCGUGUGUGUUCUGUUUCUUCUCCCUCCCCACUGCCGGCUACCUGUACAGUCUGAAAGGUGGAGUCGAGCUGAUCUCAGCCUAUCAGUAUCCAGAGAAGGUCCUGGAGGCGGUGCUAACAGACCAUCUGCUGCACGUCAUAACAAAGAGUGCGUUGCAGUGUUUCACAGUGCGCUGUGCAGCGUUAGCAACCAGGAUCGAAGACCCCUACAUCGAUACCACCAUGAAGGCUUGUCCACCCUGCAGCCUCGAGGUUUGUGCGCUCAGGAUGCAGCUGUUUAUCGGUCUGCGCUCGUUGUGUGUCUACGGCCGCCAUGUUAUCCUGCUCUCCACUGCAGACACGGAGACACCAGAGGAGACUGAACGUAGCACACAGCGCAGGGGCCUGAGCAGGAAGUGGACAAUCUCUUCUCCCAAAGAAACCAGCACAGCAGGACAUGGAUGGAACCUGUAUGUGGUCGACACCGUCUCCCCCCUGACUCUCUACCAAGAGAUGGUUGAAUACAGUCAGCACUAUGCGCAGACCAACCCACAGGCCCAAAGCCUUCAACACCUCCUCAGUGAAGCUCACCUCCUCCUCCGCGCCUCCUUACUCCAAAUAUCAGAGCAGCAACAGAACGGUGAGGGCAACCCCAUGAUGUCUCUGGAAAAUACAGACAGACAGUGUGAGAGGCAGACAGCUGUACAGACAGACAGACAAGAACUGGAGGAGGCACUCAGGCAGAACUGUGCACAGCUGGGAGACUGUUUCAGCAGGGCUCAUCAGAAGAACUGCCACCUGGCUUUACCAUACUACAGGAUGUCUGGUCUGUCAGUCACAGAGGUCAUGGUCAGGAACCGCCCGCUUCCCAGCAGCCCUCACUCCUAUGGCCCCGGCUUCCUGUUUUACCUGAAACAUUACCUGUUAGAAGAAACAGAGCAGAGCCUCAGUCAGGAAUCAGCCGAUGAAGUCAUAGACAUUUUUAGCCAAUCAGAUCCCUCAGAGCUCAUCAGUGUGUGUGCCAGCCCGUCCAUGAUAAACAUCAGUCCUGCCCGGACGCUGCAAAUUUUACAGCGUCUGGAGGACACAGCUGGCGUGUCGGUUCCACUGACAAUCACCAUGGCAACCCUGAUGCUGCGUAUGGACGACGUGCCACAGUACACGCAGCUGAUAGACAGACAUGCUGAGAUGCUACUGGUGUAUGGUUUCAUCGAGGAGCCCAGGCUGCUGCUUCACGGUGGAGGUGGAGGCCAGCACACACAUGUCCGUCCCACAGCAUUGACCCAACAGCUGGCAAAAUCUCACCCAGGACUGCUGGUGGCUGGCAUGGUAGCUCUUCAUGAGAACAACAAAGUUCAGCUGGAACAGGCUGAUCACAUAUUCAAGGAGCUAGGCUGUGAGAAUUGCUUACAGGUGGAUUUCUGGGAGGCGAUGCUCAUGGCGUCUUCACAGGAAGCCAUCAUCCAGGAGCUUUUGUUCAGACUGGCUUCUGUCUACAUCGAUCGACUGAUGUACUCAAACUCAGAUACACAUUCCAACCUUCCUAACACAUCAACAAGACGCAGGUCGCUGAAGAGCGCUGAUGAUCUGAUCAACUCCUGUUCCCAUUACGGAGCUCUGUACCCGUGGCUCACUGUUCUCAGUCCAGCUCACACCACCAGUUUCCAGCACCAGGAGUCGUUACACAAACUGCAGUCUCUCCUGUGUGGUCCUUCCUUGUCUAUUGGGUCCGUCCUGCCUCUGUUGGAGCGUCUGUCAGAGGAAACCUUGUGGGGUUUCAGCCUGCACCUUCUUUGCGCCACCAGAAGGGGGCAGUAUGGCAGCAGCAUUGAGAAGUUGCUGGACAGAUGUCCUCAGGCCAUCAUAGCCUACGCCAAUCACCAGUUACAGGACAAAAACAUGGUAUUAUGGUGGCAGAAGCUUCUCCCAGAGCUUUGUAAACGGACGAGAGCUGCUGUAGACAACAGCAUCCUGUUGGCGGCUCUCAAAGAGACGCUGGUGGUGGUUGCCAUGGAGAUGAGCCCCUCAGAGUUCCUGGAGCUUAUACCUGACGACGGCACGGCGGCGUACUUCCUGCCUCACUUGUUGACAUGUAGCCAGAGACACCUGCAGGCCUGAGACACACAAACACAGACGCAUACACAAGGACAAAUGUGUUAGCGCUUCCUGAAUGACACAUUUGUCUUUGUCUGCUGUUGACUGCUGAACUGCUGCGUCGGAACAGUUGGAGGUUCAGUGUUUUACUCAAAGGACAGCUCAAUGACAGUUGAUCGAUAGGAUAAUUCAAUCUGGCAACACUGGAAACAUAAUCCUAGCUUUUUUUUUUUUUAUAAUGGAAAUUCAGUCUGUUUCCGGUUCAUUUCAACAAUAUCGGAAGCCAGAAUUUAAAACUCCGAGGAUAGAUUAAUUUAUUUUUUCAUUUAAAUUUUACAGGAAACUAUUACAGGAUGCUGCUACAGAAAACUCCCAUUGCUUGUAAUAAUAGAAAAAAGUAUAGUGCUAUUGUGGGUGGCAGGCAUCAGGAUAGUGUGGUGUAACACAACUAAUAACACAAAUAAUAACGCAAAUAAUAACAAAUCUUCAAACAGCUGUCAGCGAAAACUUUUCUCAAUACUCACAAGUUGAAUGACACACUAAUUGUUAAUCAGAAAAAAAUCUCCUGCUGUCACAGCUACAGAGAAACCUUUCUAAAUAUGGUUCAUAGGUGUUGGUAGAUGGCUUCAUCAGUGUCAUCAUUCUUUUUUAUUUAUUAAUCUUUAACCCUAUUGCUUUAUUUUUAGAGUUUAAAUUCCUGUAGUUCCAAGACCAGGAAGUGAGUUUUGAGCACUUUUGAGCAGUGGGUUGGCUCAGAUUUCAUAUGUUUUUAGAUCAUUACAUGCAGAGGUCUGUGGUGGGGAAAAAAGCUUUUAGAACUUUAUGUCUUGUUGUAUUAUUUAUGUUUUUUGAUUGAAAGAAAACAACCUUGAAAUGUUCUACUUAGAGACAUAACUACAGCCUAAGUACAAAGACAUCUGAUUAGAUUGACAGUAAAUAUCUCAACAGAUACCUGUCAGCUUUUCUUUCUGUUUCAAUGUUGUGUUCACAGUUGAAUGAAAAUGUUUUAUCUCUGUGAUGUGAGAUUUCAUUCGGGAAGGUGGAAAAAUGUGUUUCCUCCUCUAAAGAAAAAUCUUUCAUUUGUGCUUUUC